AUGGAUUUUGACGCAACAGAAAGCAACGAAGAAGUUCAGCCAAAUAGAAGAGAAUCAAGAAACGAAGAUAUGCGCGCAGGCUAUGAUUUACUGCGGAGUCGCAUUCCGUGCCUUCCACAAGACCAAAAUAUUCCUAGAAUUAAAACGCUAUCUCUUGCGAACGCAUAUAUCAAGCACUUAGCGAAUGUACUAUCACCUCCUGAAGGCACUCAACCUUUGGAAACAGAUGAUUUCGCUUCAAUUGUAAGAGAUGAACUACAGACUCGAAAUAACUAUUCCAGUAAGUGGGGAUUAUUUCUUAUGCAAAUUUGCUAA